AAGAAAAAAUGCAAUGAAACCCGAAAUCGCUGUCCUAUUCCUAAAAGUGCUUAUAGUAUGCAGAGUUUGGUACAUAAAUUGAAGUAGGUCUAUACGUGUGCCAGAUGUCCGGAUAGGUCUGAGCUUAACGCCCACCCCCUUCUGCCAUUGGCCGGCGUGUUCUGUGAAUCUCGUGACCAAUAAACGGUGGAGAAUCGUUUUCUUCCGGUCAGUGGACUAACAUUCUAGGAAAACGCAGCAGCACGGCGCGUCGUGGAGCGAUGGUGUUUGGAGGGUCGAGACGUUAGUUUAUGAAACGGCAAAAAGGUACGGAGAGGGACCCCGCAUCCAACGGAGAAUAUGAGCAAAGAGGGCGAGUCAUGCCGACCCGCUUCUUUGAAGUUUACCAUUGACAAUAUCCUUAGCUCCAAGCCGAGUAGCAGAAACUUUGACAGCUGUCAUUCAAACACAUCGCGUGUAGUCUGUCGGGAUGGCUGUCUGCAUCACCCGGGAGAGAUUGAGGAUCCACGCAAAGAAGGAUCAGAUGCAAAUCUGGAUGUCAUUGAUAAGGUCAACAGGGAUGGCGGCGUGGACGAGCUAAAAACCGUCGAUACGCGCAGCGAGAGUACGGACAGCUGCGACGACACGCAACAGAGAAACGGAAAGAAGAAUAAACUGAUGACGAAAAAGAAAACGCGCACUAUAUUUUCAAAAAGACAGAUUUUCCAGCUGGAAUCUACGUUUGACAUGAAACGCUAUCUGAGUAGCGCGGAGCGCGCGUGCCUGGCGAACUCUUUGCAACUCACCGAGACUCAAGUCAAAAUCUGGUUUCAGAAUCGACGGAAUAAAUUAAAAAGGCAACUGUCAACUGAACUGGAGGGACCGACUAGCGAUUUCGGCGAUAUCGGAAAGACGGUACCUCUUCCGGCUAUAUAUAAAGAGAAUAGUCUGAUUGGAAGAUGCAUGCUUCCAAUGCCCCUGCCAGUCGUAUAUCCUGGAGGUAGCGCGCCUUACUUUUAUUUCUCAAAUCCCAGCAAGUAUUUCAGCCUGUUCGAUGGAGAUAUAUGACUCACAAAACUUAAACACAGAGACAGUUUUCUUAGCUUCUCCUAAAAAGCUGACAGGACUGGCCAGCUUACAUUUUGAUAAGCGUUGGUCUGUUUAUGUUUUGCUCAAAAUGUUGAGCGUCAGGAAAAGACCUGGCCUAAAUUUCUAUGCAAAUCCGAAUUUAUUUAUUGUAAGCUGUAAACAUUUCAUUAAAAAUAUAACAUCUAGCAUAUUCUACCCAGUUGUGUAGAGUGAGCAGCCAUACUGACAGAAAUGCCAGUGCCAAUCACCCUGGCAGGGAACUAUAGCCUAACACAAAUUUACUGUUUACAUUAUAUUUUUGUUAUUUUUAUUAUUAUUACAAACACAUUUUCGCCAAAGAUUGAUUAUCGAUGCAUGCAUUUGUAUUUUAAAUAGGCCUCUAUUUUUAAAUGAGCGCAAUUAAAACAUGUUUAAGUGAAUGUAUUGGUUAUUUUACAUUUAACGCAUGCUUUUUUGUUUAUUCCUUUUGCAGUUUUGUUCCAUAACACCAUAACGGUUAAGUACCAUUAUGUUUUAUCGAGUGUCAU